CGUUCAUCUUCUUCUCGCUCGAACCCUCUCGAACCCUAAAAGCUAAGGCGCCGUCAGCUUCAUCUUCGUGAUGGAACCCAGCCCUGGUCGUGGUGCUGCUCGCCUCUCUCUGUGUCGCGGUUCUGCUCAGCCUCAUCUUCUCGAACCCAGCCAUGGUCGUGGUGCUGCUCGCCUCUCUCUGUGUGAGGUGCGGCCACCGCAGCUUUCACCUCCAGAAGAGUCGCUGCUCCGCCUGCGCUUCCCCCACUGCAUGCAAGAUGAAAUUACGAGAAGGUUGAGAAGAUUAGGGAAGGAACCUACGGCGUCGUUUACAAGGCUCACGACCACGUUACCAAUGAGACCAUCGCUCUCAAGAAGAUUUUCCUUGAGCAGGAGGAUGAAGGCGUUCCUAGCACUGCAUUUCGCGAGAUUUCUCUCCUCAAGGAAAUGCAGCAGAGGAAUACUGUUAGGUAUAAAAUUAUUGGUUCGUAUACUGGUGUUAAGAUUUGUAGCUGGACCAAGUCACAGCUUCGAGGACGGUGUGGUUGCUACAAGCAUUCAUUCUAUGAUAAAAUGCAAGACACGGCUUUUAAGAUUUGUCUUCUCGCUGUUGUUGCCGUUGCCACCUCUCUUGGUUUGCUUCUGCUGCGGUACUGUUGUUGCUGUUAGGGCACAGAUUUAGUUUCUGGGUGCUAGGGCAAUGAUAAAAAUAAUGGAACUCAUAAUGGAUGAACACACUACUCAUGAAAUUUGAUAUUUUGUAACCAAGGAUAAGGAAAUAGAUAUGUGACACUUUGAAUUGUAAUUUUUAUUUUCUUUUUAUGACUUUGAUUUUUGGUACUUUGUGAUCAAAGUCUACUUUUGUGGUGACAAGCUUAUAUAUAAGGCCGUUUUUUUU